CGUGUUUUGGCGGAAAUAGAAAAAUCCCGUUCCAUUUUGGCAACACGACUUCUCCCUUCACUCCCCUGCUCGCGCGUCUCCGAAAUCAGCAGAGCCGGAGCAGGUGACUCCUCCUCCUCCUCCUCCUCCUCCGUGAAGUCGAACUGCUUCCGGCGCCCCCUCCACCGAAACCACCGCAUCCGAAGCCCCGCGAGAAGGCGGCGGGCGGCCGUUGAUCAUGAAGACCGACGGCAGGAACCUCAUCGCAUGGAAACGGUGGGAGCUCCCGCUUCUGGUGCUGUACGCGGCCGUGUUCUACGCCGUCAUCAUACGGCGCUCUCUUCAGCUCUCUCGCGAUUACGCGUUGAAUCUCUACGGGCUCCGACCUGGCUGGAUCGCCCACAGGCUCAAUGACUUAUCGGAUGCCCAGUGGAGAAACUUUCGUGGAAAUUUGCCUAUUCUCACCAUCGUGUUUGGAAUUUUUGCAUUUGUUGCCAAAAGCACGAGAGUACUUUUUCGUUUGAAAGCGCGGGGGAUGUCCAAUGUGUGGCUUCUGAUUUCUUUAGCGUACCUGCUUUACCUACAUGGAGCAUGCACUGUAUUUGUCUUGUCUAUUGCUUCACUUAACUUUCUUCUUGUGAAGAUAUUUGUGAAGACAAAGUACUUUUCACUUAUGCUGUGGACUUUCUCCAUUUUUUUUCUUAUAUGUAAUCGUGUUUAUGAGGGGUACUCUUUUUCUAUGUUCGGGCAACAUUGGAUCUUCUUGGACAACUUUCGGGGAGUUUUUCGCUGGCAAAUUUGCUUUAACUUCGUAAUUUUGCGUAUGGUCAGUUUUGGAUUUGAUUACUACUGGGCCUGUCAAGGUUCUGGAUUUGAUCAUAAGAAGCAUGCUGAGUAUUGCCGCAUUUGUAAAUCAGGAAAAACAUGCUACCAAAUUUUACAGGAAAAAAGUGUUCCAAGUGAUAAGUAUUCCUUUGGCAUAUACUUGUGCUAUUUGAUAUAUGCACCCCUCUACAUCUCAGGGCCAAUAAUGAGCUUCAAUGCAUUUGCUUCACAGCUGGAGAUGCCACAGAAGAAUUAUGCACUUAAAGACAUAGUUCUCUAUGGAGUCCGAUGGAUAUUGAGUCUUCUCCUUAUGGAACUUAUGACUCAUUUCUUCUAUUACAAUGCCUUUGCAAUCAGUGGCUUGUGGAAGCAGUUAUCAGCCAUGGAUGUAUUUAUCAUUGGCUAUGGAGUUUUAAACUUUAUGUGGUUGAAGUUUUUGCUGAUCUGGCGCUAUUUCCGGCUUUGGUCACUGAUAUAUGGGGUUGAGGCUCCUGAGAAUAUGCCAAAGUGCAUCAACAACUGCUAUAAUCUGGAAAGUUUCUGGAAAAGUUGGCAUGCAUCCUAUAACAAAUGGCUUGUAAGGUACUUGUACAUUCCUCUAGGAGGUUCUCAGAGGAAAAUACUCAACAUAUGGGUUAUAUUCACAUUUGUAGCAUUGUGGCAUGACCUCGAAUGGAAACUUCUAUCGUGGGCAUGGUUGACUUGUUUGUUCUAUGCUCCAGAACUGGUACUUAAGUCAGUGGCAAAUGCAUUUCAGGUUGAAAACACUAUUGGAGAGUUAUACUUUCGAGAAGUCAGUGCAACUGCGGGUGCUGUCACAAUCACUUGCCUCAUGGUUGCAAAUCUCGUUGGCUUUGUGAUUGGACCAUCUGGUAUCAGUUGGUUAAUUGCUCGAUUCCUUCAUAAAGAAGGAUGGCCUGUCCUUGUUGGCAUGUUCUUGACAUUCUAUGUGGGGACCAAGCUCAUGUUUCAUAUCCAGGAUGCCAAACGGAAAGGACGGUGAAUCAGACACCAUGAUUUGAAAGGGUUGUACUCAAUUGCACCACUGCACAGUAAGAGUACUUAGCAAUCGACCACGGAGAAGAGCAUUGAUGAAAUUUCUGGACAUACUGACCUUGGUAUCAGAAGUAACCUGGAAAGGCAUUCCAUUACUCCUCCCGGCACUCGGUGGUAGAGUCAGAUUUGUUAGCCUUGUAUGGACUGGUAACUCUUCAGUGCUCGUGAAAGGUGGUGCUGCUGAGAACUAUUUUUGUAUAACGUUGUUUUGUCCUAGUCAAUUAGUUGUGAUGUAACAUAUGGUUAUCUAUGCAAUAUAAAUUUAUCAGAUACAGAUGCACGUGAAAAUGAUAUCAGUCAGUUCGCUC